AUGAGUGUCUCUACCAGAUUCAGUAUUGCUCUCCUGGCGUCGGCGUCCUACUUCCAUUCCGUCGCUGGCCAAUUUGCUUCACCAUCACCGCUGGAAGACACUGGAGUAGUCCUCGAAAGCCAGAACGUCACCGCCGAGUUCUUCAUCGGAGCUCCUGCUCAAAUUCAAGCUCUCUCAAAGAAGACUCGUUACAUCCCAGAUGUUGUUGGCUUUCACCAGGACGGCGGCAACACCAGAACCAACGACUGGAACGGCCCCCUCGGCACAUCGCCAAACGUCUCCAGUCGCUCUGUUGCCAUUUCUGCCCAGUACUGGCAUGGCGACAACCGCCUCACGGCGCGCUCCGUCUGCACCGAUGCCGCGGAGCCCUACUUCUGCAUCGCGGCAUUUGAUCCGGACUCCAUGGACAUGCUGGGAUCCUGGGCCCCUGAAAGCCAGACCCUGCUGUCUCCCUACGCCGCAGUUUCCGGAGACAUGGUCAUUCUGCCGACGAUGGAGAGGCACAUUUUCCAAGUCGAGCGUGUUGAUGGGACAAACUCCACGACGUUCAACCAGGUCCGAGACAUUGACCUCACUGCCGUCCUCCCUCAAGGUCAUGGUGUCGUGAGCAGCUAUCUCGACGAGGACGAGAACAUAUGGUUCACAUCAGUCGCUCUCAUGACCACCGGCACCGCCGAAGACUCCUCACGUCUCGGGUACAUCACCCCCAACGGAACAGUCCACACCAUCGCCAUCGACGGCCAACGAAUCGAAAACUCGAUCGCCGUAAGCGGAAGGACAGUCUACCUCAACACCGGACCUCUCGCGUCCGACACCGCACGAAGCACCGUCGGCCACAUGUUCGCUUUCCGCGCGGAUGCAAGUGACGGGCACAUCAAGGCUCUGUGGAACACAACCUACGACGCGGGCAGCGCUCCCAAGCCCGGCGGCUUCUCGCAAGGCUCCGGAUCGACACCGGCCCUCAUCGGAGACAGAUACGUCGCCAUCACCGACAACGCCGACUUGCAAGUCAACCUGCUGAUAUACAGCCAAGUCGAUGCCAGCGCAGGUGGCCUCGCAGACGGCCAGCCGCCGCUGGUCUGCGCAGUCCCGCUGUUCCAGCCCAACGGCAGCGCGAACGAGAACGCCAUGGUCGGCUACUUUGACGGGUCGACGUACAGCGUGCUAGUGAACAACAACCACGGCGCGCCGGAGCUGCAGGACCUCGGCGCGGCGGGGGACGUCAACGGGGCGUUCAACGACUUCGCGCCGCUGGCGCCGGGGAUCACGCGCGUGGACGUCGCUGCGGACGGGAGCUGCGCGGUGCGCUGGGCGCUGGAUGUGCGCUCGACGAGCGUCCUGAGCCUGUCGACGGCGAACGGGCUCGUGUACUCCUACACGCAGGACGAAGAGCUCGCGGGCAGGGGGCUGUAUGUGUGGUACUUCACGGCGAUCGACUUCCGGACCGGAGAGGUUGUCUGGCGGAUCCGGGCGGGGGCUGGGGGGCGGUAUAAUAAUAAUGUGGCGCCGACGCAGAUGUCGCCGAAUGGGGCGAUUUACCAGGUCGUUGCGGGAGGUGUGACCUGGCUUAGUGAUGAUUAG